CGACAAACUGGAUCAACAGAACCCCAACCAGGCCACAGAAAUACAGCCAACUGGAGCUCUGCAGAUGACGAGGUCCUGGUCGCUGCUAGAGCAGCUGGUCUCAAUUGGCAAUCAACCGCAGCAAGGCACUUCCCCAACAAAACCGCCAAUGCUUGUCGUAAGCGUCAUGAACGACUAGUUGAACGCCGAAAUCAUGAGGACUGGACACCAAAAAGAUUGGAUACUCUCGCAGUCGAGUAUAUGGAACUCAGAAAGGAGAUCUGGGGUCCAUUGGCAGUCAAGAUUGGUGAGCGCUGGAAUGUGGUUGAAGCAAAGUGUAUGGAGAAGGGGCUGAGAAACCUACAGUCGAUCGCACGCAUGGCUGGCAAGACAUCUGCUCCCAGUGAGGACAUCCCUGCCCCCAACAAGGAAGAGCAUGAAGGCGAUUCCGGCAUUGGCUGUUCGGACGCUGAAUUGGAGCCAGUCGAU